UUCACAGCUAUCGCAUUUCAAUGUUUUGGUUGCAACUUGCAAAUGGGAAUCUUUUCUUUGCUCUUUUUUUUAGUUUGUUUUUAAUCAAAUAAUUUGUAUUAAUUUUAUUAAUUUUAUCACCUGAUUUUGUAACUCUACAAACUAUGCUUGAACUUUCUUCUUUAGUUGAAUCCCUCAUGGAUUCAACAAACUCUAAUCAAAACACUGAGUGUACUUUUUCUGACAACAUCCAUCCUUGGUUGAAGCAACACAUGCAAUUAGUCCAUAAAUAUUAUACUAAUGAGAAAUUUAGAGAAAAUGUUACAGACGGAUUCCUUAAAUUGCCCAAUGAAAUCUUCAUGAAAUCAGAUGAACGAGCUGAAAGGUACCGGAAAAGUGGGAAUGAUUACUACAAAAAAGAUCUUUUCAAGCAAGCUUUAAGGGAAUAUAAUGAUGCUGUUGCUGUCGCUUCUUGGGAAUCUAGAGCUCCUGAAGACAUGAAUUCAGAGCUGGCUUUGGCUUUCUCAAAUCGUUCAAUGUGCCUUAUCAAGUUAAAACGCUAUAGUGAAGCGUUGAAAGAUAUUGAUUUAGCUCUAAUGCAUGCUCAAACUGAGCUAUUGAAAAAGAAACUUAAUCAUCGCCGCAGUGAAUGUAUCAAUCAUUUACCUAAAGAAGAGGAUGAAAAGGUUGAGCUAAAAGAUGAAGCGAAUAUCACAUGGAAAAAUGGAUCAACUUGUCUAUCCUCCCGACAGUUUAAUGAAUUAGAUCUGGUAAUCAGAGAAAGCCCGAUAUUAUCGCUUCUGAAAAAAGAUUUUUACUUCACUCGUUGUUUCAACUGCUUUGCCCAAUUUGAUAUGAUAAUGCCCUGUCGAGGUUGUAAUCAGGUGAAAUUUUGUAGCUUUGCUUGCUCUGUGGAAGCUUGGGAAAAUGGUCAUCAUAAUUUUUGUCUUUUCUUAACACUUUUUGACCAUCUCAUAAACAGAGAGUUUUUCAAAGUGCCACCACUAUUGGCUUGUCAGUUAGUACUUCAACUGGACUUUCCGACCAUUUUUGCCUCAGCCCGAGAUGGCGAAUUGCCUGAAACUCUAGACGAUGUUUCUCCUACAAUAAAUGAUCCUGAUCAAUUGGAAAAAAUGGCCGAGACAGCAGCUCAUCUAUUAACAUAUUUUACGGUCAUUAAGAGAUUGCCAGCCAAGAAUGAGUCAGUUCCUUGGAGAUACGACAUAGAACUUUUUGGAGGCUUGUUGCUGAUGUUUUUAAGAUGUGUUGAACGUGAUGGACGCAAAAUAACUUCAACAGAAUUGCUUAAGCCAAUAGAUGAAUCUGAAUUCAGAUACUUGGAUGAUAAAGUGAUUGGCUUCGCUAUUUAUAACCGCGUUAAAAAACUGAAACAUCAUUGUGAUCCAAAUGUAGCCAUUGACAUAUUUAAUGGUCAAACAAUAACUUUAAGAGCUAUUAAAAAAAUUGAACCUGGAGAACCUAUCAAAUUGGAUAUAGGUGUCAAUUGUAGACUUUCUACUGUGAAAGAGCGUCGGGCAUAUCUUUCUCAAUAUGGUCUCGAGUGUAAUUGUGAUGCUUGUGUCAACGAAAUCCAGCCAAAAUCGAAAGCUUUUCUUUGUCCAACUUGUUCCGGUCCUGUUAUUAUUGAAGAUGAAGUUCGCUGUCUUGAAUGUAAUGGUAUCGAUGUUUUAGAUCGGAAUGAAGUUUUAACAGAGCUUGACUCCUGUCUUUACAACUAUCGACAAGCCAAUUUAGCGUUAAUCAAUCGUGAACGUAAUAUUUUAAAAGCAGAAGACUAUCUGUUGGACUGUUAUCGUAAAUUAGCGAAAAUUUGCUAUCCAACCAACCACAAUUUGUCUGAUAUUUGCGAUCGUCUCUCAUAUUGUUAUAAGAAAAUGAGAAAGUACAAACUCUCUUUAUUUUAUGCUCAAAUAGCUUUCAAUUGUUUGAAUGAAGCUCAUCACAUUUUUCAAAAAUCACGGAUAAACGGUUUCUUCAAUUUCAUUGACCGGCAACGUAACUUUCUUAUUUGGUGUGCCAAAAGGGAUAAAGUAAAUGAAAUAGAAUUUCAUGAUAUGUUCAUUGAAACAAAAAAUCUGAUUGCCGAAAAUUUGAAAGAAGCUCAAUUAUUAAUUGAAACAAUCAAUUUUGAGAAAGAUUAUUACUGUUCUAUAACAAACUCAAUUAAAUCGAGUUUAUCUGAAUACAAUCUAAUAUAAGGCCAUCAAUUAAUCGCAAUCUAAAAUACUAGUCACUCAAAUGAUUGAGACAAGAUCUGAUGUAAAAUUAAGCGUUAAUAAAAAGUGCUUAAAACCACAAAA